GUUGGUGAAUUAGUGGAAGAUGGAGCACAUGGGUGAAAGGCACACAGUUUUUACCGUGAUAGUAAUUCUGGAGAAUUUGAGUUUUUUCAUCUUCAUCAAUAUGAUCAAGCUGUUAUCUGUCAUCUACAGUAUUCAACCACUUCAAUAAAUGGAACGGAUCAAAGCAGCCUAACGCCAACUGAAGCGUGAUGCAGCCCGAGCGGCCUGCAGUGGGCCUGUCCCGGGAUAGACGGCAGGCAGAUUCAGGCCCCCGGGGCGAGCUCGGCACCGGGCUUCUGCAGGGCCUCGUCCAGACCGCCAGGCUCCCCUCCUUCUGCUUGCUGCUCCCCAGGGUCCACGCAGCUGACGUGGCCGCUGCCCAGCCUGCACAGAUGCCCUCCUCCUCCUCCACUGGUCCUGUUCCUGCACCCAUCCCCGCUCCCAGUGCCUUGCCAAGGAAUGUGGGCAAGCCAGAAUUCCCAGACACGGGAUGGGACCGCAUCAAGGACCUCUUCAACAGGGAUGCGACACAGAGGUACCCAGAGGAGCUGACCAACAUUUUUAAGAGCGGUGUAGCUGCUGCAUUGGCAGGCCUCAUCUACGGAGGCCUGCCGGCAGCGCGCCACGCCAGAGAGAGGUACAUUCAGCUCCACCAGGCUCAAAUCUACACCAGUCGAGUGGACGCAGUGCGCUCAGCCCAUAACGCAGCCAUCCGGGGUUUCGUCAGAUACGGGUGGAGGUGGAGCUGGAGAGUGGCCGCGUUUGUCACCUUGUUCAACUCUGUCAGCACAGGGCUGUCCGUGUACAGAGACACUUACAACCUCAGCCACUAUGUCGCAGCUGGAGCUGUGACCGGGGGAGUUUUCAGGCUCUACCUGGGCCUGAGAGGACUGGUGGCUGGGACAGUCAUUGGAGCAGUUUUGGGGCUUCCCACCGGUGCCUUGAUCCUUGGCAUGCAGACGCUGGCAGGGGAAACCGUCCGAGAGCGGAGGAGGAGAGAGCGCAGAGAGCUGUAUGAACUCAAACUCGCAGAAUGGACGGCCCGGCUGCAGCUGACAGAUGAUUUGAUCGGUGAUCUGAACGACAGCUCCCAGGCGGAGGAGGCUAAUAAGGACCUGCAGAAGAUCCAAGAGCUGCUUAGUUUACCACCAAAUGAGGGCAUGGCCCAGGACUCUGGGAGCCAAUGACAGGAGCUGCCAUACUGUGUGUUUGUUGACUGUUGGACACUGAUGACGAGACUUCAUACAAGUGGAUAUCGUUUUGUCAGGACUCUACCAUGCAUUAUCUGUUCUUGAACGGAAACCACUUCAAAUCAAAAUGAAGAGACAUUCUUCACGCCAUCAGCAACUCCCAGUGAAACCGCUCAAUCAGCAUCAGUGGAAAACUGGAUGUCCUGGGCUGAUCCCUGGAGUGUGUGUGUGUGUCUGUAUCUGUCUCUGUGUAUGUGUAACUCUGAGUGUGAAUCAGGCACUUUCUCAAUCCGUUCCAGCAUAAACAGCUGUUAAAAAAUAAUCUUAUUAAAUGCGAGCCACCUCAUGUGUU